AUGCAGUCCGACGACGUGAUCUGGUCAGUUACGGGUCUCGCACGGCGGAAGGCUCGGAAGGCUGAUCAGCUCUCGACUGCUGGACCACUCGCACUUUCACAGGGGUAUCAUCAACACCCAACAUUGCUCAUACAAGAUCAAGUGCGUACUGCUCUAUCAAAAUACGGAUAUGACCGCAUGCCCCCGUAUGCUGACUCUCCUCGUCCUUUCACUCGCCACCUCGUCUCCGCUCCUUCUCCUUCCAUUCGUUCCUUUCACCAGGACGAUCACCCAAAACUUUUGUCGCAACGAAUACAACCUAACUGGUCUCUGCUCGCGUCAAUCGUGCCCGUUGGCCAACAGUCGGUAUGCGACCGUUCGCGAGCAUGCCGGUCAGUCCAUCACAUCCACCUCAAAUCGAAGACAUUCUCAGAGUUUGUUCCAUCCCACUGAGACGCUGGGUCAUUCUAUGUCGGCUCAACAGGAACGGUGUAUCUGUACAUGAAGACGAUCGAAAGGGCUCAUCUGCCGAGCAAGAUGUGGGAGCGCGUGAGGCUGUCGUCGAAUUACACCAAGGCGUUGGAUCAGGUCGGUUCUUUCUCUCCUCGUCCCCUUCUCGCUAAACGGAACGGAUACGAGCUGACAGCACGCGAUACUUUGACUUAUUUUUCCGAACAGAUCGAUCAACACCUCAUCUACUGGCCUGAUUACCUCAUUCACAAGUGCAAGCAACGCAUGACCAAGAUCACCCAAUACCUCAUCAAGAUGCAGAAGCUCAAGCUCAAGGAUGCGUAAGUUCCAUUCCUAGCUCAAAAUCAACAAAAAAAAAAAAACUACCAAGCAGGCGCCAGAUGCUCACCUCUAUCUUUGGUUACACGCAGACCUCAACUCGUACCGAUCAAGCAAAAAUUGGAGCGACGUGAAUCGGCUCGUGAAGCGAAAGCGCUCACCGCCGCGCGACUCGAAAAGUCACUCGAAAAGGAGUUGAUCGCUCGGUUGAAGUCCCGAGCGUACGGUGACGCCCCCUUGAACGUCAAUGAACAAGUUUGGCAAGCCGUAUUGAACCGCGAGAAGAGGGAGAAGGAAGGUGGGGUCGAAGGGGAGAAGGAGAGGGAGAAGGAAUUGGCAGGGUUGGGGAUGGAGUCCGAUGAUGAGACUGAUUACGAUUCGGAUGAAUUUGAGGAGGACGACGAAGAGGAGGAUUAUGAGGCUGGACAGGCUGAGUUUGUCAGUGAUUUCGAUGAGAGUGAUUUGGAGGAUUUGGAGGACGUGGGUGGGGAUGAAGAAGGGGUUUGGUCCGAAGAUUCGGACGAGGACGGGCCGAGUGGAACUGAGGAGGAGGGUUCGGAAGAGGAUGAUGAGGAUGAUGAGGAUCAAGAGGUUCAGGAUUCCAAGGGGAAGAGGAAAGCAACCAAGCCCGAACCGCCGACGCCGAAGCGAGCGGUCAAGAAACCUCGCAAGGGGGGAAACAACAAGAAGGGGCCGAGGGUCGAAGUCGAGUACGAACAAGAGACCGAGAGGUUGGACCCGAGGACAGUCGAUGCUUGGUAG